AUGAGCGCCACAACAACUGUCACCGAGACGCCAAGAAUCACGGCGGAGAAUGUCGCGACCCUCUUCCCCGAGGUCGACACUUCGCUCGCUCGUGAGGUUCUCCCGACUGCGACAAGUGCUGCCGCCGCUGGGUCCAGCGACGAUCUGGCCGGCUACGACGAGGAACAGGUCCGUUUAAUGGAUGAGGUGUGCAUUGUUUUGGAUGAGGACGACAAGCCUAUCGGUAGUGCCAGCAAGAAGGCCUGCCAUCUGAUGACGAACAUCGACCGCGGCCUCCUGCACCGCGCCUUUUCGGUCUUCCUCUUCGACUCCAACAAGCGCCUGCUCCUGCAACAGCGCGCCACCGAGAAGAUCACAUUCCCGGACAUGUGGACGAAUACCUGCUGCUCGCACCCGCUGGGCAUCCCCGGUGAGACGGGCUCGGAGCUGGAUGCCGCGAUCCUCGGGGUCAAGCGCGCGGCGCAGCGCAAGUUGGAUCAGGAGCUGGGCAUCAAGGCCGAGCAGGUGCCGUUGGACAAGUUCGAAUUCUUCACCCGCAUCCACUACAAGGCGCCCAGCGAUGGCAAGUGGGGGGAGCAUGAGAGUGCGUUACCAUCUCUAGUUGACUACAUCCUCUUCAUCCAAGCCGACGUCGACCUGAACAUCAACCCCAACGAGAUCCGCGACACCUGCUAUGUCUCGGCCGAGGAGCUGAAGCAGAUGUUCGAGAAGCCCGGCCUCAAGUUCACGCCCUGGUUCAAGCUCAUCUGCAACUCGAUGCUGUUCGAGUGGUGGAGCCACCUCGGCUCGCCUUCGUUGGAGGCCUACAAGAAUGAGAAGGAGAUUCGUCGGAUGUAG